UUUAUUAUAUAUUUUCUGUUUUUCUGUUAAAGUUGAAGCCUCAAUAACUACACGGAGAGAAUCAAUCAAAGUUUCUAAUGUGAGACGUAUGAGUAGAACACCAACUGACAAAAGCAUAAAAAGCAUUGCUGACCGUCGAGCAGAAGACAGAGACUCAGACAGUGAUGAGGAACUUGAGCUCUACUUCAAAGAUCCAAAGGAGAUGUUGAACAUUUUAACAGAGCUUGAAGAGCAAAAUCUUUCAUAUAUACAAAACUUUCAAGAAACAGAGGAAGCUAUGGAGGAAAUACAUAUGAACGCCCGUAUCACAAAGGAGAGAAUGAAUUAUGAAACAGAAAUACUAAAGCAGCAGAUUGCUAUGCUUAAAGCAACCAUUAUAAGGGAAGAGGAGAAAGCUUCAGAACUAGAGUUCAAGUCUAGAAUUUUUUCCGAUGGAGAAGUGAAUUCACAAAAACAAGAUUCUAUACUUAAUAUGUUGAACAAAAAAGUGGAUGAUGUCUACAAGUCUUGCAUUGGUGAAGUUCCAGCAAAAAUCAGCACACUGCAGAUGUUAACAAGCAUAGAGAACCGAAUGGAAGAAUUACUGGAGAGCUUGGAAACAUUGCCACGAGAUAAAGUGGAAGCAGUUGAACGCUCAAAAGAAAAGGAAAUGCGACUGAGGAUACGUGAGGAACAAAUCAAAAUUAAGAAGCAACAGCAGGAGGAAAGGCUAAGAACUGCAAUCCAGAGAGCAAAUGCAGACACAAAGAAAAGGGCUGGAAGAAAGUUGAUGUUCCGCUCAGAGCCACCAACAAUAAAACAUGUUGACAAAUCCAAGGGGAUGACUACCAAGGAGCAAGAAGAUUUGUUGUAUUACUUUACAUAAAGUUCUUCAAGAGAACUAACACAUUUGGAGGAGUGCUUACACUUUUUUUUUUAUUUAUUUUUUAGAUGUUUGAC